ACUUCUGUCAUCCGCCAUACAGCAUGCCCAGGUGAUCACAAUAUGGAAGGGGGUCUGCUAGCAAGUGGAGAUAGAAAACGUUAGCUCGGUGAUUUACUCGUAGUCAAGUCAAAACUGUUUAUCAUUUAUAUACAUACACACACAUUGAGGAUGAACCCAACCAACACAAAAACUCGACAAAGCAAGUUACUGUUCGUUCAAACAUUGUUGAAGUAUCGACGCUUACAGCAAAUAUGUGUUAGCUGUGAAGACAUAUCCUUUUACUGUUAGCAUUAGCAACACGAGACCAUGUUCAUCACGAUACCAUCAUUUCAGCUCUCAAAAAGUUGGCCGGUUUGGUUACACUUUUCUAAAUGUUCUUCUAGUAGCUUCGACAGGCAUUUCAGCUAACAGCUAAAUAAAUACUUUCUUUAGUACUAGUAGUAUUCUGGCACACACAAGUUAGCGAGGUAGUUCGCUAGGUUCUCCAAAUGGUCGAUGCUAGACGAGCAUAAUGAAAUACACAGCGAAUGCUUUAGCAAUAUAUUGACUAUUUUCACCGUUUAGAACGAAUAGCAGAUAUAUUACGAGAAAGCAAUUCGCCAAAAUGAAGAAGGACUGGAUUCUCCAUGUCUGGAGUUGCAGCAGGCAGAAGCCGAAAAUAGCGCAUCGUCUGUUCCUUCCAAGUUAAAUAGUCAUGGCUCGCUUCUGUCCCCUAAUGGCAAAUAUGAACACCUUUACACUAUGGCGUUUCAAUAUUAAACACCAAUGUUUAUACUGUUUAUUUUGUCUCCUAAAAUUGCAUAAGUUUAUAUGAAUUAUGUGCUAUAGCGUUGUCAUUUGUCAAGCCAUCCAAAUACAACCAAAAACCAAACAGAUUUUCAGUUUUUCACCGUCAGUAAAGUUUUAAAGUUCAUAACUACUGCAUUAUCUCCGUGGCCGUGCUGUACAUCUUCACAGCCCAGAUCGGCUCCCCUCCCCUCUUUUAAAAAGUGUGGCAUAUUGAGGGCUGUGUUGGUUUUAUUUGCACAUAACUGUUCCUGGUUCCAAGAAACAAACAAAAGGCCUUAAACCUGGAUUGCUUCAAUGCAUUAAUCUUGUUUGUCGAGAGUGAACAAUGGCAAUUGAAGAGAGAAAUGAAGGGUUCUGGAGCUCAGUGGAAUAAUUUGUACAUAGUCCCUUUUAUUGCAAACGUGGAUCCGAAAUCAGAAGACGAUGUCAAGCUAGGAGGAAGGUUUGGAGGGGGGGGGCAAGUCGUGUGUCACAAAGACACGUGGCUGUUUUUGACACAUGUGGCUGUUCUCCAUUCGUGGGUGAACUUGCGGUCUACUGUCUUACAGACAGACCUGGACCCCUUUUAUAGACAGGUUGGACUGUUUGUGCACCUCUGAUAGCAGCGCCUGGGAGCCGAGUUAGAGUUGGUAGAGCAGAGGACUGUUGACGCAAUGUGCUAAAAUGGCUGGUUCAAGUCCGACUCAAAGGACAUUUUGGAGCAUUUGUUGAGAAAUGCUAAUCUGGGGCAGGGUCACAGAUUUUUGUCAAUAAUAAAACACAGUUUUUUUUUGUACAUAGCACUUUUCUUGAUACUUAAAGACACAUUGAAAUUUCUCUUAAAAAUACAUCAGUAGGGAUAAAAACUACUGUAUACAUCACUGUUUAGUUAUUCAGUUAGUGUACACAACUAUAAGGCCAAAUAUUUCAAAGUCUCAUUUGACUAUUAAUGUAAUAGAUCACAUGACAAAAUGAUCAUGGUGUGUUUUGAAGCAGGCAAAUAAUAAAAUAUUAAUUCAUCAAAAUUGGGACAUAAAAGCUGUACGCAUGUGCAAGUCGACUCUUCAUCAGCGUGUGAAUUGACAAAGGAGGGGCAGGCAGUGUCAGUGAGGCUUCCUCCGUUGUGGAUUUAUGUGAGGAUAUCAUAAAAAGAAGACAUUAACAGGGACAGACUAUUCUUCAUUCUUCCACAUACCGUGAGCAGUAUGUUCAAGGCAGUGUUUGGACAAAGGAAACACAAAGGAGGAAAACCAGGAGAAACAAGGAGGCAGAGACACCCAAGUGAGCAGGUGCAAACUCACAGCACUUUGCAGAUGGGCAGUGGUGGUCGGGCCACACGCCACCAUCACCAUGACAGUCGCUACACAGGGAAGAAGAAACUAACCAAGGGGGCGUCUAUUUCUCUGCCAUCAUCCCCCCUUCUUCCUCGCCUGGAGAACAUAGUUCCAUCCCAUUCGUGUACCAAGUUCCCAGGACGGGCAAAGAAGCUGGAGUAUGUGGACGUCUCCUGCGACUCGAGAGGACCUCCUGUCUUUGCCUCGUGCUGUGACGAGACAGACCACAGAGACCUCCACGUGGAGCCCCAGCUGGGCUCCUCCCUUCCUACCCAGGAACUGAUGACCAGACUAUGCUUCUUAUUGGGAGAAGCAACGCCCGGCACAGCUAGCUCUCCUAUGGAGGACAGGAGGGAAAAGAAGGGUGAGACUCCCGCCCAGGGAGGGAGCCCCAGUUCCACGCUGACCUGCAGCACUGCCUCUCCUUGUUCAGAGAGCCCCUCUUCCACCUUAAGCAGCAGUGCUGUAUGCCACCCUUUGUCCCUGCCUUUACCACACUGUGGCUCCAGCCUCAGCCCCAGCGGGACGCUCUCCAGCUCUGUGCGCAGCCCUGCUCAAUGUUCUCCUGCUGUAGCUGUCACAGAUAGCAACCUUGGGCCUCCUCAAAGCCCCACCUCCACGCUGGAGAGCAAGGACAGUGGAAUCAUAGCUACUAUCACUAGUUCUUCUGAAAAUGAGGAACGCAGCGCAGAUCUCACUGUGGAUGACGUCUCAGGGGGCAGUACUAUGGGUCACACAGGCGAGGACGGUCAUCCUGGGCUUACGAGGAGCAAUCCCACCACCCAACCAGAGGAAGUAUCACAGAGAGCUGGUAUUAAGGAGCCCCGGACACCGCCUGCACCGAAGAGACCACUGCCACAGCACCACAUACACAGUGCUUCCUCUUUCAUGAUGCCCCGUCCAAAUUCUGUGGCAGCAACGUGCUCCACAAGACUGGAGGACCUGACAUAUCUGGACAACCAAAGGCUAGGCGGGCACAGGAGCUCUAUCCGCAAACUAAAUGCACCUGGCCGCAACCAUGAGGAUUCCAAAGGGAGAUUGGCUCAUUUUAAACAAGCUGACAUCAUGCUGAAACCGCUGCUGUUUGAAGUUCCCGGCACCAAGGCAGAAACAUCUUUUGUGGGCCGGGAUUGGCUUUUCACACGGCUGGAUGAGGUCUUGAAGAAAACAAGCAAUUGCGACGGAAGAGGGGCUGUCAUUGUAGGGAACGCCGGCUCCGGGAAAACUGCUAUCAUGUGGCGGCUGGUGGCGCUAAGCUGUCAUGGCAUGCACACCCAACAUGGAGGGCCCAGCAUUCUCCACAGCCCCAGCUCCUCCCCCAAAUGUGGGCAUAAGCAGGGAAAAGCCGCCUCCAAACAAGCCGCUGAUUCCCAGAUCGACCAAAGUGCUGUUAUAGGAACGACCGAUAGUACAGCGCAUCGGAAAGAGGCUGUCAAGUGCCUCGCGACCAAGGUGGUUGCUUACCAUUUCUGCCAGGCCGACAACACAUACACCUGCCUGGUACCAGAGUUUGUUCACAGUGUUGCCGCCUUGCUGGCCAGAGCACCGCAGCUCACCCCAUACAGGGAGCUGCUGAUCCAGGAACCCCACCUUCAGAAUACACUCAGCCUGCGGUCCUGUGUCCAAGACCCCUUCACUGCCUUCCGAAAAGGUGUUCUGGAGCCCAUGGCCAACCUUCGCAAAGAGCGAAGGCUUCCUGAAGAAGACUACAUUAUCUUGGUUGACAGUCUCAAUGAGGCUGAAUUCCACAAACCCGACUACGGGGACACCAUCGCUACCUUCAUCACCAAGAUAGUCGCCAAAUUCCCGCUCUGGCUCAAGUUGGUGGUCACAGUGAGGACGGGCCUUGUGGAAAUUACCACUUUGCUCCCCUUCUCUGGCAUCUCCCUGGACAUCCUGCCUGACAGCAGCGACCUUGGAGCCGACCUGAGCGACUACAUCCACCAUCGGGUCAGCGGCAGUACCCAAAUUGCCGGCAACGUGACCACGCCCACAGGCUCCACCCCUGACCCGUUACUCCUCAGCAAGUUCAGCAGCCACCUGACAACACGCAGCCACGGCUCCAUCCUCUACCUUCAGCUGACCCUGGAUCUGUUCCACAAAGGCCAUCUGGCACUGAAAGGGGGAAACUACCUGGUGGUGCCAGUGUCUCUGUCAGAGGUGUACCUGCUGAUGUGUCGCGUGAGCUUCCCAGACAAGGACGUCUUUGAGCGAGUGCUUCCGGUACUAAAUGUGGCCCUGGCGUCGUUGCACCCACUGACAGAUGAACAAAUGUUCCGGGCGCUGAAUGCGGGCAGUGUGAAGGGGGAGCUGGAGUGGAAGGACUUCCAGCAGAGAUUAGACAGUCUGGCUGGAUUCAUGGUGAGACGGAGAGAUGGCACACGCAUGCUGUGUCAUCCCUCCUUCAGAGAGUGGCUGGUCUGGAGAGCAGAUGGAGAAAGCACGGAUUUCCUCUGUGACCCAAGGAGCGGCCAUGCUCUCCUGGCGUUUAUGUUCUCCAGACAGGAGGGGAAGUUGAACCGUCAGCAGACCAUGGAACUGGGACAUCACAUCCUCAAGGCUCACAUAUUCAAGGGUCUGAGUAAGAAGACAGGCGUGUCAUCCAGUGUCCUGCAGGCCAUGUGGGUGAACUGCAGCACAGACAGCCUCUCUGCUGCACUGGCCUCCCUAAGGAAUCUAUACACACCUAACAUCAAGGUCAGUCGUCUGUUGAUGCUAGGUGGCGCUAACGUGAGCUGGUGUACAGAGGUGGUAGGACACGCCCCCAUCCUGGCAAUCCAUGCCCACCUGGGACAUGCGGAGAUGGUCGCCUUGUUAAUGGAAAUGGGCGCUCCAAUAGAGGGGACUACCGACAGCGGCAUGGCGCCUCUGUGUUUGGCGGCUGCUGCAGGACACGCUGACGUCGUCAGCCUGCUCUGCAAGAAAGGGGCCAAGGUGGGCCAUGCUGAUAAGAACGGCCAAUGUGCGCUGGUCCAUGCCGGACUGAAGGGCCACACAGAGAUCAUCAACAUUUUGUUGGGGCAGGAUUGGGCCCCCGAGAACCCCACCGAUCCACAGGAACACGAGACUACGGUUGGGAAAAAUCUGGCUUUACAACAGGCGGUGACAGCUGCAGCCAGUGUAGGACACACACAGGUGGUAAAGAGCUUGCUGGACUUGGAAGAUGAACAGCUGGCCGUGCAGAUGGAUGCUCACGACUCUCUCUGGGGAGAAACGGUGCUGAGUGCAGCUUCAGGGAGAGGGAGAACGGAGGUGUGCGCACUCCUUCUGGACCGAGGAGCCGGGCUGGAGGUGUCAAACCGCAGAGGAAUGGUUCCUCUGCUCAGCGCAGUCAAACACGGGCACACACAGGUAGCAGAGUUGCUGCUGAAACACAACGCAGACAUCAGUGUGAGCGACAAGCAGGGGCGCACGCCGCUGAUGCUGGCCGCCUCUGAAGGCCACAUCAACACCGUGGAGCUGCUACUGUCCAAAGGUGCAUCUCUAUCUUCUGUGGAUCACGAGGGUCUGACAGCGCUGAGCUGGGCCUGCAUGAAAGGUCACAGGGGUGUCCUGCAGCCUCUGGUGGACGCCGGUGCAGACCUGAACCAAGCUGACAGGCAGGGACGCACUCCUCUCGACCUUGCUGCUCUAAAUGGGGACGCUGAUGCAGUUCACUAUCUGCUAGAACACGGUGCGGUGCUGGAGAGGACGGACAACAACGGAAGUAGGGCAGCAGAGCACACGCUAGGCUGCCAGAAUCCGUCCCUGGUGGCUUCGCUGCUAAAGAAAGGCUCCAAGAUGGGCUACAGAACAGCUCCGCACGAUAGAUCAGGUCACGCCACCUGGGCGAUGGCUUCCACCAAACCAGAUAUCCUCCUCAUCCUGCUGCAGAAGCUCAUGGAGGAAGGAAACCUGCUUUACAAGAAGGGACGUAUGAAGGAGGCUGGCCAACGCUACCAGUAUGCUCUGAGGAAGCUGCCUCGAGAAGGUCAAGGGGAGGAGCUAAAGGGGCUCAAAGACUUGCGAGUAUCUCUCUAUCUCAACCUAUCCCGCUGCCGAAGGAAAACCAACGACUUUGGCAUCGCUGAGGAGUUUGCAACAAAAGCCCUGGACCUGAAGCCUCGGUCUUAUGAGGCCUACUAUGCCAGAGCACGAGCCAAGAGGAGUAGCAGGCAUUUUGCUGAGGCGCUGGCGGACCUCCAUGAAGCAUCACGACUCUCCCCGUCCAACCGUGAGAUCCGACGCCUGCUGGUGCGAGUGGAGGAGGAAUGCAAACACCAUCAGCGGAUGUCCAGCAACAGCAGCAGUAACGCAUCACAGACGUACAGCAGAGAUCCUCUCAGCCACCAUCAUCAUCAUCAUCAUCACGCCACUGAGGACGAGGCAGACAUGUAUUCACAGGGAAGUCUGGAGAGACCCAUCCCAGAGGAGAACUCUUGUCCACAGCAAGACCACGACAAAGAGGAUGAAGACGAGGUGAAUCUGCAAUGCGGCUCGGAAUUUUGGCCUCUGAAUCCAUAUGGUCCAAACAGAACUCUCCCUGGUGGCGUGGCUUUUGGGUUAGCAGAUCAGGCGCCAUGUUUUCCUCAAGAGGAUUAUGUCCAGAACCCACUCUUCAUGGACUUGCCUGAGCCGGUUCCUGCUGUCCACAGGCACACUCCAAACCAGGGCAGCAGGACACAUCACCAUUGCCACUCCCUCCAGUCAGGGAACAGGGUGGUGGGCAGGCCUCUGUCUCUUUGUGGACCGUCCAGUCCUCUACCAGGGCGACACAUCUCCACCUCCCUGAGGCCUGCACCUGUGCUGGGCCUUGACAUCAGCACUGGAUCAGCCACAGAACAUUCCGGGCUCAGUCCCACAGAGCACUACCACCCCAUGUCCCCAAACAGCUCCUCGCCGCCGGGCCCUCUUCAUAUGUACCAGCCCCGUUCAUCCAGCUUUUCCAGGGGUUCUGACAGACUCGCCACCCACUCUGUGGCUCUGGAUGGCCUGGCGCUUGCUGUGGAAGUCAGGAGGGAGGCUAGUGGAGCAGGAACAGCUGGUUCUAGGGGUUCCAGCUCCAGCCAGGCUUCCAGCGGGAACCUCUCAGACAAUGGAAAGCAACAGGUCCUGGACCCGCCGUGCCCCAUUAAAAGCAGCGGCAGCUUCAAGUCGAAGGCUGAGAUGAAGCCACGGCCCUUCAUGGGGGUCACGGACAAAGCAGUGCGGGUGCACAGCCAGCAGACCCCGAGCUUUGGGCGGCAGGGCCAAGGAGGAGGAGGAGGAGGCAUGGAAAGUUUCAGCAUGUCUGUCUUGGAGUUCCAGGGUUUGAACAAUGAGUACAAGCGCUCUUCCUUCCAGGACACGAUGUCUGGAAAUCACGCCAGCGGUCAGCAGCAGAGCAGUGACUUCGGGGAGCGGCUCCACCAGCGAGAGGUGAGAGCUGCCAUGUCGUCCCAGUUACGAUUUCCGGACGGAAGGCACAGGCAGACCAGCCUGACCAGAGACAACCCAACACUGCACAUGGCGCCCAUCAAGCCCAAGCGCUCAUUUAUCGAGUCAAAUGUCUGAAUAGUUGGUCCAAGCACAAAAACAGAACCCAAGUCCUGUGCAAGGUAGCAGGGAUCUGAACCUGUGAACCUGUGUGUGGAGUUCUGCUGCUGCAUCGCAUUUGCAAUCUAGAAUCAGUGGUCCAAUAACGGGCUUGUCUGCUUCUGCUUACAUGUUUACAGCUAACACACUCGUGUAUUCCAGAAAAACCACACAUACCUUAAGUAGGCUUUUAAACCAAGUAGUACAUUGUCUGAAUUGUAUUCCUUAUAUCAAACAUUCUAGUCUGAGAAAGCUUUGUGCACGAAUAAUAUCGACAACCUCACACUAGUUGCAGGAUAAGACCAUUUCGAUUGUCAAGUGUCUUUUAAAAAAAAAUAACAUUUAUAUUUGUACAAUGUACACUAUAUUUGCAGAUGAUAUUUAUUCCCUUGUAAGUGGUUCUUUGUCAACAUACAGCCUUUUAAAAAUGGUGUGCUGAACAAAUGUAGAUGACAACGUUAAAACCUUAUUGUCUAUAUUGGGUUGCUUUAAUAUAAUAAUAAUAAUAAUAAUAAUCACUGUAUAUGUUAUUUAUUUUUGCAUAGCAGGAGAUGUAUGAAGUGUUUAUUGGUUUUACUGAACACAAGGAGUCCAAAAUGAAAAGGACAUCAUACAGUAGAAUUAUAACAAUAUGUCCAUCGUUGUCAUGAACACUUUCCAUGCUAUGGAUUACAGAAUGUGGCCACCUUGUGGUACAAUAAAAUAAUGGUGGAUGACUCAGUAUUUAUGUUUCUUUCACAGUACAGCAUAUCAUUUGAAAAAGUGUUACAAUGUAUAGAAAUGAUAGGAAUUAGAGGAAAACGCCUCUUGACAUUAAAGCCAUGACCAACAAAGCAAGUCUUUUAAAUUGUACAAGAGACCUCCAUCACCUCAACACCAUGUGUACUAUCCAUACACAAACUGCCAUAAUGCAAGGUGCUAAAUG